CUUAUUUUUCUCAUCUCAGGUCUUCACUCAAGGUUGAAGCCAGUUCUACGGCUUCAAUUCGGACUCUCGGUCGAUCCGACGUCUCCCAGGUCGCAAACAGCGAACCAGCCGACACGACAACAACUACAACUGCAGCCCCUAGCCUUGCCCAGCUCGCCAUGUUUUUGGAACAAGACGCCGCUGAAGACGGACCUGUCUAUGGCCGCGUUCUGGAUUUGCCCUCGACCUUCCACUCGAGGCAGCGCCGCACCACUGCCGCCGUCCAAGCCAUCGAUGGUCGUCCCAAUUAACCAGGACCUCUCGCCAUCCUGUCUGCGUGCCAUCCCCGUCACUGGACUGCAUUGCGACGGCCACUGCGACAGGCUCUCGCCCACCCAACCCAAAGACCCAUACCCCCCGAGUUACGGGUUGGGGGCCAAAUCUCCUCCUUCCGCCAACCCCUGCUCAGCUGUUCCCAACCAGUCGGCAACACUCCAGCCCAAGCACGCAAUCCCCUACCAAGCCUGUUUCCCACAUCGGGCCGCCCUCGCUAACGUAGCCGAUUGGCCACGAGGCGACACCAGUAGAUCUCGUCCCAGCCAAGGGUACGAAAGACUCCGUACGGAAUACCGUGGAUCGGGUUUUCGCACGGAUGCCACUUCACAAUGAUUGGGGGGGACUCAUUGACCAACUGCUUUUCCUCCUCCGAGUCCUGCACGCACCCACACUGCGCCGCUCUUUCCCUGUGU